AUGUCUCGCGAAGCUUACCAGGUCCCUGCCUCUGUCUCCGGCAACCAGAAUGCCUUCAGCAACGAUACCGGAUACGGCGCCAUGGCCAUCGACUCUCCCUCCGUUGUCUACCUGUGCGGCGAGUGCUCUGCCCGUGUCCCCAUCAAGAAGGGAGAUCAGAUUCGCUGCAAGGACUGUGGUCACCGUGUGCUCUACAAGGAGCGCACUAAGCGGUGA